UGCCCGGCGGUGUUUCGCAAGUGCUGAUGUUGAGCAGAGUGUUUCCUAACUAAAGCAAGAGCACAGAGAUCUGCACAUCCUGUCAGAAGGGUGAGCGGCUGAACCCGGAGCUGCAGCGUUUCAGCUGACACGGAGAUAAGGCUGGAGAGACCUAAGACAGAAUGUCAGAUUCUCUGGUUGUGUGUGACGUGGACCCAGAGCUGAAGGAGAAACUGAAGAAGUUCCGGUUCCGGAAGGAGACUAACAAUGCAGCCAUAAUGAUGAAGGUUGACAAAGAAAGGCAACUGGUGGUGCUGGAGGAAGAAUUUCAGGACAUCUCUCCAGAGGAGCUGAGAAGCGAACUACCAGAACGUCAGCCUCGAUUUGUAGUUUACAGCUAUAAAUACGUCCACGAUGAUGGCCGGGUCUCAUACCCUCUCUGCUUCAUCUUCUCCAGCCCAGUCGGGUGCAAGCCGGAGCAGCAGAUGAUGUAUGCCGGGAGCAAAAACAGGCUGGUGCAGGCAGCUGAACUCACCAAGGUCUUUGAGAUUCGGUCCACAGACGACCUGACGGAACAGUGGCUCAAAGAGCGCCUGGCCUUUUUCCGCUGAUUGGUAGGGUAAUCCUGGAGGGCUGGUCCAUCAGUAAAGUCCCCACUCAUAGCAGGUCCUGUAAUCUCACUCCCCCCACCCAUUUCACCCUAGAGAUACCACUGCACAGUGGGUGUAUGUGGAAUAUAGGGAAAUGUAGCUGACUUACUGUCUCCAUGACCAGCGCCACUGCCUUUUCCCCCAGAGAAAUUAAAAUGAAAUAAAGUGAUUGGACCUAAUUCUUCUUUUCGUUUUGCAUUGCGCUGAGCCUGUGUUCUUUAUGCUUGAAUUGUGGUCUUCUAGGGAGGGACAUCUGGCCGCUAGCUACCCUUGGGACUCCUCCGGGAUCAUUGAGCAUUUCUGCUGAUUUGUUUGCACAAAGCUUUCCCAGAGGUUGGACAAUGCCUGGUUUUCAGUUGAGCAUUUGUUCUGAUUUGCUUGCAGGGAGGUUAAACAACAAUGAGCAUUUGUCUUGGUUGCAUCCUUACUUGCUUGUCUGGAGGUUAUAUGUUUUCCUGUUAACCAGUCAUUCAGCUUGGGACCCAGGUGGCGCUGUGGUUAAACCACUGAGCCUAGGGCUUGCUGAUCAGAAGGUUGGCGGUUCGAAUCCCUGUGACGGGGUGAGCUCCCGUUGCUUGGUCCCAGCUCCUGCCAACCUAGCAGUUCG